GCUCAUACUGGCAACAAAGAUAGAGAAAGAUUUCAGUUAUCAAACACAAUGCAACAGCCAUGAACGUACUCCAUUUUCAAAAAAAAAUUCCAUCCUCGUCCAUGUUCCAGUUGUGGACCGACCGAACAUGCAGGAGGUAGAGGUCACCACGGAGUUGUCAGGGACAGAAAACAGGUGAGCAGCAGCUGUGGUCCAAGUGGUGAGUCACCGGUCGGUCUACCAGCCAGAACUUUGCUGCAGAUUAUUACUUUGUAGCACAAGGUUCAGAGAUUCAGAUGAUGAGUUGCAGGAAGUCCUUUAAUUCCUGUCAUUCCUAACCUCAGCUGUUUGUCUGACUCGUCCCGGUGAUUUCUGGCUUCCGUGCGUUUGUCAUAGAUGUGAUGUGGUCAGUUUCUUGUCCAACAUUGACAGAAAGUGUGUAUGCUGAGCAGAAACAUCGCUGAGUGACAGUAUAGAGCAGAUUGAACUGUGGUCGGGAGUCAGGAGUCAAAUAGCAGCUGACAACGACAGCGAAGCGCGGCUCCAACCUGCUAAAGGCUCCUGGUUAUUAUUAAUGCUCGCCGUUUUGGAGAAGCCGAACAGCCGAACAAGCCUUAUCAGUGUAACCAAUACUCACUUUCAUGAAAUGAUGCCCCGGGAUCAGGUGGCCACUUUAUUUCCUUCUCACGGCACGCGUCCCUUCCCUCCUACAGGGUUACCACUCUGCGCCAGUUUCACCAGGAGGGUUUUUGGCCCUGACGCCUGGAUUUGCUGUUUAAUUAUUCACAGAAGAAGUUUAUUUGUUGGAUCGAGUGGGCGUAGCUCAUUACCCUGAGAGCUCCCGCACACGAAGGAUGUUUUUCUAGGAUGAGGUCCCCGAACGAGUCGUCCUGUCAGUCGCCUCCGAUGGAAACUUCAGCGGUGAUCAGGCUCCGCCACGACGAGCUGCUGUUCUACGCAGCCUGUGUUUGUAACGGUUGGUGCGUGUGUCUGUUUGUAUGUGUGUGUGUGGAAGGCAGAGUGUGUAGGAGAGGAGGAGGAGGAGGAGGAGGCGGCGGCCGCGGCGGAGGUGGUAGCGGUGGCAUGCUUAUGGGCAGCAGCUGGAGGUGGCAGCUCUCCCGGGCCAUGCGACUCACACUGCGCUGGUGCCGGCCAUGCCGCCCCCAGAGAGGCGGAGGGAACAAAGGCCAACUGUCGGAGCUGUGGAGUUACAGCGGGCUGCUGCUCAAGUCGCUGUAUCACAACAGCCUCAGCAACUCGGACACUCUGCUGGACUGUGUGUUCGAGCCCGUCUACUGGAUCGUGGACAACGUGACCCGCUGGUUUGGAGUGGUGUUUGUCUGUCUGGUCGUCCUCCUGACGACCUCCGUCGUGGUCGUCGUCUACCUGUACAUCCUGCCCACGAUCAUCAGCACCUACCCUGUGCACUGGGUCGUCUGGCACCUCUGCUGUGGCCACUGGCUCCUUGUCAUGGUGGUCUUCCAUUACUACAGGGCCACCACCACCUCUCCGGGACACCCACCAAAGGACAAAAUUCACAUUCCGUCAGUUUCCAUCUGUAAGAAGUGCAUCACUCCAAAACCACCCAGGACGCACCACUGUAGCAUCUGCAACAUGUUUGUUUUGAAGAUGGACCACCACUGUCCCUGGCUGAACAACUGCGUCGGCCAUUUCAACCACCGCUACUUCUUCUCCUUCUGCCUCUACAUGACACUGGGAUGCUUCUACUGCAGCGUCAGCAGCAAGGACUUGUUCCUGGAGGCGUACGGCUCCGUCGAGAGUUAUUAUCAGACCCCCUCUCCAGCCUUCACCUUCAGAGAAACCACCGCUCACAAGAGUGUCAUCUAUCUCUGGGUGCUGACCAGCUCGGUGACAUUGGCUCUGGGAGGACUCACCCUGUGGCACGCCAUCCUCAUCUCCAGGGGGGAGACCAGCGUGGAGCGCCACAUCAACCGCAAAGAGAUCAGAAGACUGGAGGAGAAGGGCAAGGUGUUCAGAAAUCCCUAUCACCAUGGCUGCGUGAGCAACUGGAAGUUACUGCUGGGUGUGGAGAAAAGAAGCCACUGGGUCACUCGGGUCCUGUUACCCUCCAGCCAUCUUCCCCACGGAGACGGCAUCGUGUGGGACUGUACCUUCACCAGGAGAGACCCCAUGGCCAUCUGACCCGCAACGCUAAUUUAUUGAGGACCACAUCAGACACCUUCAUUCUGCGUUUACGCUACAAGCAACGUGUCCAUGGUGUGCCGCACAAAAUCUCCCUCUGCUGUGGUGGCAGACAUUUGACAAGGAAAAAGGCGAUUUGUUGUGUGAAUUUGUCUGGACAUAACCACCAGUGAUUCCUCAAAAAAAAGAACAACGACCUUCACCCUCUCACUGCCCGCUUUUCCUUGUGACCUUCACCCUUCCACUGCAGUUGCUGUCGGCCGAACUGAUUGACAGAAGGCGCUGCUGGUUCGGCGCAAAAAUCUUUCUCUCUCGUGCGUUCCUUGCACCAGCGCUACAGCCUCUUAUAAGCAGCGCAGGAUGGGAGGGGGGGGAUUGCAGUGAAGAGCUUCAUGACGCCUCAUCCAGGAGUGUUGCAACUUCAAAACAUUCAAUUCUUUCACAUUUCAAGGGAAGACUACAUUUCUCCACGACUGUCUCCUUUUUACAAAUGAUUGUGUCUUACCUGAAGACGUGAAACAUUAUGUGCGUGUGUUUGUUUUCACUGCUUCAACCAGGAACUUUACAAGUUUAUCCUAUGUAGCAUCAUUCCUGGAUGAACAGCACCUUCUGUUCUGUUGCACCCUCUGUACCCAUCCGACAUUUCCCUCCAGACAGUGACAAAGCAGCCGCAUCAGUGCUGUCGAGAAAGCAGCCACCAUCCUUCCGCUAAGAGGGGAAUAAACGCUCGGGGCUUGGUUGUUUCUCUUUCUUUAAACCAAUCACAACUGCCUCGGGUGGCGCUCAGCUGACAGCGCCCCCUGAGAAAUAGUAUCGAAGGGGCAACAUCUGCAAGUGGCAAAGAAAAAGGCAACAAUAACGAAAGUCUGUGUGAUCGCUAAAUCCAAAUAUUUGUCAGAGCGAGAGGAGAAUGCCACGUGAGAAGUGACCAGUGGCAGGUUUUUUUUACUCACCGUGUGCAUCCUGCGAGUCAGAUCUCUCUUUUCAGAGAUGAUAAAAUAUCAAAUAUAACAUUUGACACUGUCACCUGUAUCCCUGACAUCUGUCGAGUUAUAGAUCUGAGCCUAGAACUUCUGGUGUGUACGUGUCUUGGGCUGACGACAAAUCCCAGUGUUUCUUAAUGUGAAGGGAGGCAAGGCAACGAGAUGAACACACACUUUCGAGUUUGAUUAUUGUUCGGUUAAUGUGUAAAACUUUAACCAACGCGAAGAGCUGUGCACGUUCACACCGUACCUGUGGUUCAAAAAACUUGUGCAGUCCAAAACACAACCACAACACACUGCAGAACUUGUGUUCUGGCUCCAAAGACGAGCGAACAAUCAAGAGUUUUUAACUUCUCUUGAAUUUAUGACUUGAACCCUUUUUCUCACCAAGUGGAGGUGAAGGGAAACAACGACCUGAAACAGCCCAAACUAUACCCACCUCCCCUCCCCAGUCUAUACACAGGGUAUAAAGAUAAAGAUCUGGACUAGAGGGGUAUAUUCUGGGCUAGUCCAGUUUAUACCGGGGGGUACAGACUGGUGGGGGGUUCACGUGGGCUGCUACACCAGCACAGCUCAGUUUAUCAUGUGUAACUUAUUUAACACUGAAAAAGUUGUGUGCCUUGUUUGAGGGGUUCAGCGUUUAAACUGAGGCACUGUGAUUCCAAUGUUUUUUUUUAGUAAUUUUUUGAGUUGGAUCUGUAGUUGCCAUAGAAACGUGACAUAACUUGUGACCAAUUGGAGCUGUGCUCCAGUUUGAUCUAAUGUCUUUUUCUUCUUUUUAAAUAAAACAAGUGUUUCAUA